CAACACAUGCAAGUCUCUGUAAUAGACAAUCAUGCAAGAUUCAGGAAGACAAGAACAUGUGAACUCUCCCCCUUGCAGGUUCUUGUAGGCCAUAGCCUUCAAUCCUUGGGGCUUUCAACUCUCUCGUUGAUUAUCUUUAUAUAUACUUCUCCAAAGUUCAUUCCCAGAACACAACCAUCUCUUCCAAACCAAUAUAGAAAAAAAACUCCAUCUUUUCCAAAACCCAUCUGCAGAAGAAGCACUAUAACCAGACAUUUUCUGACCAAUAAAAAAAAUGGCUCUGAUGAGAGGCCUCAUGGGUGCAAAGAAGAUUCUAAGCAGAGGAGCUACUGCUCCAAAGGGCUUUCUAGCUGUAUAUGUGGGGGAGAGCAAGAGAACGAGAUAUUUGGUCCCGGUCUCGUACUUGAAUCAGCCCACGUUUCAAGCUCUGCUCAGUAAAGCAGAAGAAGAGUUCGGUUUCAAUCAUCCUACGGGCGGCUUGAUGAUCCCUUGUCCUGAAGCCCUUUUCAUGGAUGUAACUUCCCGGCUCGGAGGAAGACGACCCUGAGGAAACAUGAACGUUUUUUCUUUUUUUUUUUCCGUUGUAAAGACGGAGAAUUAGAUGUAGAUAGAUACAUACUUCUUUCUCGUUUCUACGUAGGAGAGAAAUUCAAUAUGGAUACAUCUUUUUGUGUAACAGAAGAGAGUAUCAACACAAAGUGCAGAGAUUUUAUUUUAUGAGUUCA